UGUGUCAGCAAGCACACACUGUGGCAGGUGCCCGCCACUAACGGGGCUUUUAAAGGAAGCGCGCUUCUCCAGGCAAACAUUUACAUUUUAAAAAUCGUACAUCAGUGCAGACGAUGGUUGUGUGACUCUAAAAGGACUUAAAACAAGGAAAAGGAAAUUAAACAAAAUGGGCGAGUACUUUGCUGAGGUGCUCGACGAUUUCAUCUCCAGCGCCCUAGUCACUUGGGUGAAAACAUUUGAAAAACUGAUUGACUGCGAAGAAGAAUUUUCUUCUCAGUAUUUGGAAGUGAAUUCCGGUACCAAGGAAGCACAAAAUCAAUAUCUUCGCCUUCUAGAUGGUGUUUAUCUGAAUAAAGUCAUGCGCCUCAUAGACCCCAAUCCCAAAACAGAACGGAUCUACCGCAAUGAGAGAAAUGAUGAAAUUCUGCGGAUUCAAAACCUCUCCAUAUUGAUCCAGCAUAUUCGGUCUUUCUAUCAGGAGGACUUACAACAGCUGAUUCUGAAACCACUACCAAAUGUUGCAGUACUUGGCCGAGAGCCCCUUACAGAGAGAGCCAUUGAUGAAAUUAAGAAUCUCCUGUUGUUGCUGCUUGGAUGUGCAGUUCAGUGUGAGAGGAAAGGUGAAUUUAUUGAACAGAUCAGGAUGCUGGACAUUGAGACUCAGACAGAAGUGGCCACCUACAUUCAAGAAAUUACACAAGAACAGCAAAUUAUCAUCCCACUACAGUGGACUAGUUUAUCAGAUACGGGAAGGGCUGAGCUCCAGAUUAUAUUUCAGAACAUGGCAUUGCAUCUAAAAGAAUUGGUAACUGAACGAGAUAUGCAUUUAGAGAGAAUUGCAGAGUUAUCACAGGAUAAGGAAUUGCUGCAGUCCCAGAAAUUUCACUCCACUCUGUUGGGAGAAGAUACACUUUAUCAGCAGGGCAAUGGGUUUGGACACUCCGAGGUACGACAGAAUCUUACAGUACAGUUAGCUGACAGCAAAGCCAAAAUGCGACGUUUAAGACAAGAACUAGAAGAAAAAAAUGAACAGCUGUUAGACUUAAGGCAGGAACUUGAAGUCAUGGAGGCAGAGAUAAAAAAGUUACGACAACAGAACAGGGAACUUCUGAAUGAUGCCCAUUUGGUCCGUAGCUACAGAGAUGAACUUGAUUGCCUCAGAGAGAAAGCUAGCAAAGUAGAGAAGCUGCAGAAUGAGGUGAAGGGUUACAGAGAAAAACUUCAAAAUGUUGACCUUUUUCGAGGAAAGCUAGAGGAAGAGCGAGAGUACUCCCAAGCAUUACUGGAGACUAAAGCCCUACUAGAAGAACAGCUGGAAGCUUCCAGAUUUCGUUGUGACCGAUUACGUGACAUUGAAAAAGAGAACAUCUUCCUUAAGCAAAGGAUUAAUGAUAUUGAGAUGGAGAGAGAUAAGGAGAGGCAAAAGGUUUUUGAGCUUUUGGAGGAGAACCUGACACUUGAAGCAGAACUGAAGCAUAACUUUGUGAUGACUGAAGACCAGGCUCGCUGGGAAACAGAAAUAAUGAUUCAUCGGGAGCAGGGAGCAGAUCCAAAACCUCUAAGUGUAGAGGUAGGAGAGUGUUCAGUUGGCAGGCUGCUGGGGACAGAACGAGAGAACCAGGAGCUGCGAAGGAAACUUGAACGGCUAAGAGAAGAAAUGGAGAGUAAUGCAGAAAAAGAGCAGUUACUGGAUGAAAAUCGCAGUCUAGGAGAGAUGACAGAUCGAUUGAAGGCUGAGUUGUUGAAGCAGGCGGAAUCCUUGCUGAGGACUGAGAGCCAGAAAUCUGAACUACAAUGUGAGAAAGAAAGGUUAGAGAAGAGUUUGCAAUGCAUACAAGACCGGGCUGCCAAAGAGUCUGAAGAUCUCAAAAUGGAGAACAACAGGCUUAAUAAAAAACUAGACUCCCUGCAAAAAAGAUUAGAUGAAUGUAUGGAAGUGAAGCCAAAGGAAACUGAUCAUGAAAAGAAAGAACUGUGUGAAUGUGUGGUGGAAGCAAACACCAAAGUGAACCAGUUAGAGGACAAACUAAAACAAGCACAAUUGGAGACAGAAGAACAGAAGACAAAGGCAGCCCACCGUUCCAGAGAACUUGAGCUUGAAUCAGAAAAGCAAAGUGGUUUGAUAGAAGAGCUAAGGAAAAAACUCUUGGAUUUGACAAAGGUGUCAGCUGACAGAACUAUCCAACAUGAGCAGAGGAUGUCUGAUGUGGAGGCUGAGAUAUCCAGACUGAGAAAGGCUUCAGAUAAUCUUAAAGAGGCACGAAGACAAAUUGAGGUCUUAGAGGUAGAAAGAGCUCAGCUGGAGGAGGAGAAUUUUCAGCUGCGGAGGUUAACGGAUAUGCAAAAGCUUGAAGGUGCCAUUAUGGGACAGCUAGAGGCAGCAAAUCAAGACCUGGAGAGAGAAAGAGACCAAAUGAAGAAGUCUGUUGAAUCAAUGAAGACUGCUGUCAAAAAGGGGGAGCAGCUGGAAUUGACAAACCAGACACUGAUCUCAGACAACCAGAGGCUACAGAAAACACUGGAAUCCGUUCGCAAAAAAGCAGAACAGCUGGAGCAGGAAGUACAAGAGGCAGAACGAGAAGAGCAGAGUCUGGGACGAAUGGUUCAGGAAGGAAAGAUGUCUGUUCGGAAACUGGAGCAGGAUAAAGCCACCCUAGUGGCUGAGCUAGAAAAAGCAGAGAGGGAACAGAGGCAAUUGGAGAAAGAACUUCGUAGACUAAGACAACAGGCUGAAGUAAAAGACGUUGUCUUAGAUGAUUGCAACCUCAGGAUCACUAACCUUGAACAAGAAAACAGGAUGCUGUCUAUGGAAGUAAACCAGUUGAAAGAAACAUCCAGUCAGCUUCGAGAGCUGGAAAGGCAGAAUCGUGAGUUAAGCCAAGCUAAUGCAAUGGACAAGAAGACACUAGCAGGACUGCAAGAGGCACUGGCUUCUGAGAAGCUGCACUGUCAAGAACUGUCCAAUCAAGUGGAGCAGUUAGCUUGCAACUUGCAAAAAGCAGAUUUUAACCAAGUGAGGCUACAGGAAGCAAUGCAGCAAAAUGAAGAGAGCUACAAAGUCUUGGAACAGAAGCUCCAAUUUAACCACGCAGAAAGUCUACAAUUGAAAGAACAGAAAUUAGUUUCCCUCAAAGCCCAGCAGACGGUGCUAGAAGAUCAAAAUAUGCAGUUAGUAGAAGAACUGCAGAAGAUGAGAACGCUACAGGAACAAUUGGAAAGAACAGAGGAAUCCAAAUCAUGGGCAAACCAAGAAAAGGCACCAAAAAGUAUGAUUCAGCUUCAGACAUCAGUCUCACAGUAUGAUAAUAAUGGGCUGCAGACUAGUUCAUGUCCUCAGAAUGCAAAACAGUCUAUCAGUUCUUCUUGCAAAGAUGAACUUGAUAAUUGUGAUCUUCAGGUCAGCGGCUCAAAAAAUGUUAGUGACAACCAGAAAAACACUUCUGAUAACACUGGCAUUUCACAGAUUUCUAUUAACUGCUAUGAACAGAAGAAUUCAAGAGUUGGUACUGAACCUCUUAGCGACCGACUAAUAGCGGUGGAAAGAAAUAAUGCAUCAUUGCUGGCAGAAAAGCACUCAUUGUGUGCUCAGCUGCAACAAAGUGAGUCUCGCAUUGUACGGCUUCAGGAGCAAGUUGACACUCUGCAAAAGCACUUGCUGUCUAUACAGGAACAGAGUACUGCUUUACAGACUCUUAACACUCGGUUACAGGUGGAAAAUUCUGCCCUCAGCUCCCAACAUGCCUCACUUGUGGCCCAAAGUUCUCAAGCAGAAUCCCGAUUAGCUGGGCUUGAAAGCGAGAACCGAGCCAUGUCCAGAGAAAAAGAGGAGGCCCGGGCCUGCUAUGAAGCUCUACGUCGUGAUCAUGAAAAACUAGUGCUGCUUCAUGAGCGUCAGGAAGUUGAACUGGAAGGACUUGUGCAGAAGUACAGCGAACUCAAGGGAGCAUCUCGUAGCCAAGAGCUUAAAUUCAAGGAGUUGGAGGGAAGGUACAGUGCACUCAUGGAACAGAAAUCUUCAUUAGAAGAAAAGGAAUCGUCACUAAAGGCAGAACAGGAGAGACUGGAAAUGCAAGGCAGAGAGCACAGACAAACCCUGGAAAAGCUUGCAAAACUUCAAGAGGAAAAUGAACGUUUGGAGCACUUCAACAAGGAAACAAUGAAAGUCCAAGAAGAGUUGCAUUUAGAGCACAAGUCACAAAAGAGCCAACUGACAAGCUUGCAGCUUGAGAAGGCCAAGCUUGAAGCAGAAAUUAACAAGUUCAAGGAACAGAAUCAGCAGCUUGAUAUUAACAUUACCAAACUAAACAAUCAGUGUGAGCUGUUAGCAGAGUUAAAGGGAAAUUUAGACGAGGAAAACCGGCACUUAUUAGAACAGAACCAGAAUCUAAGUCGAGAGAAUCGAGAACUGCUUGAGAAGACCAUGGAGAGCAAGGAUCAAUAUCACCAAGAGCAGAGAGAAUAUAUGGACAAGCUGAAUGAGCUCCGCCGUGAAAAACAGAAAUUGGUGGAAAAGAUUAUGGACCAGUACAGAAUUCUGGAGCCAACUAUUCCUGUCAGCAAAAACAGGAAAGGCAACUGGAUUGCAGACCGCAUGAAGAGGCUUAUUAAGCCACGCAGGGAGAGCAAGGACUUGUUUCGUGCACAGUACAUCAUAGCAGGCAGCACAGAAAACCUCAGUCAGCUGCCCCAGAAGGAAGCACAUGAGCAGCCUAGUCAUGCCAAAGCCCUUACAGGUCCGCAAAUUGGUACUCCAAGUAACCCCAGUUCACCUGCUCCUCUGCGUAAAGCAAAUAGUACCCAAAAUGUCAAUGAAGAACAUAAGGUGAUUUUGCGGUCGAAAGGACGAAAGCUGAGCUCUCGCUAUGGUGUGUCUGAGUCUUUCAGCCCUGGAGACAACAAGGUUUCACCACGUGACCGUUUCAGGCAACGAGCAGCAGGUGCGUGGGACAAAAGGGCAGCUUCUCAUGAUGAAGUGGUUGAGACUCCAUCUAGUCGUGGAAGCCUAACCAGCAGUGAUCCUGGAGACGAAAAAAAAAACUUGAGUGAAGAUUCAACCUCAGGAAACUUCUCCCAGGACACUAACAACACUGCCUCAAGCAAUGAUGAAUCUUCUUCCAAUAAUACAGAACCAGUAACGAGGCAAAGCAGCACAGGAAGUCUGCACAGAUGACUACUUUCUGAUCACGCUCUUAUGAGGUGUUAGUUCUAUGACUGGCUAUGGAUUUUUAUUAAUUUGCAAUGUAAAUGGACUAAAAGCUCUUGAGAGCUUUCAACACUGGAGUAAGAAAUGUUUUGAGAAUGCAAACCCAAGUCCUGCAGAAGAAGUCAACGACUUUAGCAUAAAUUAAAUCUGGAUUACAGUUCCCAUUGUCUAUCAUUCUACAGAAAUCUAAAUGACUUGGAUUUAUAUUUAUAGCCAGUUGUUGAAUGUGAUGAUUCUGAUGUCACCUGAAAAACUGUUCUAAAUGGAAUCUAAAUGGAAGCAUUAAACGUAUCACGCUAAUGGUUCAAAUCAAUUAUUACAAAUGAAAACGCUGGCACUGAAGUGGCAAGUCUUUGCAUUUGAAGUCCUUGUAAUUGAAAUUGGGAUCUGAAAGUAAACAUUUGCUGGAAGGUUGCAAAUAUUGGAUUAUCACUAAGAUUCAAGAGAAAGUUAUCAUUGUUUAAGAAAAUAGCUGUUAGUAGCUUUCAUUUUAUUUAUUUGAAUAUAGGUGUUCUUAGUGACAUUGUUGAAAUUUUUUGGCAUAUACAGAGCUACAUUUCAAAUGAUUUGGAAUUUCUGUGUCUUAAUUGUAGUUUCUUGUCAAUUUCUAAUACUGCAGACACCAAGAAAUUUUUAGCAACUGACCGCCAUUAAGGAAUUCUCUGUACAGAUAUAUAUAGAUUUUUAAACACACUGGAGCCUAGAAACCUAAAGACUGAAGGAACAUAAUGUACAGGGGCAAAAAAAAAAAAAACAUAUAUGUUCAUCCUUGGAAAACUAAAGAUACACAGUUAGAUGCGUCCAACAUGUAAUGUUUUAUUUAAUGUUUUGUAGAUAAGGAAAGAAAGGUAACUUGAAGCAACACUUUAUUAUGUCCUUUAUCACCUAAACGUAAUCAGCCAGGUUUGGGUUGUCUAUGGCUUGAUUAUUUUUUACUAAUUUAACAUUAUAGGCCCCUGAAACAGGUAAAGUGUGACAUGAUUGACUGCAAAGACUGUGCAAGAUAAAUGUGCUUUUUACCUGUGUCUGAAUUUGUGACCAUCUUUACACUUUCACAAGAAGAAAGCUUUUCUUGUUAAACGUAGAGGACACAUUUGCCAAACUGUUCACUGGUGCUUGUACUACUUCUAUAUCUAUAGACCACGAUUCUGUUUUUUUUUUCUCUUGAGUUUUAAUUGCAGUUUUGUUUCAGACUUUUAAAUGUUUUUGCACAUGGUACCACCAGAGCAGCAGAAAAGCACUAGCUACAGUCCAAUGAUGAUUUCAACGUAAAACCUUGCUUUGAGCACAAGUUCACUUUAGAAAUACAGUGCAUUAUAACAGGUUGGCAAUUACGAAAACUUCAGUGGGCUGUGAAUGUUCAUUUAGGUGAGUAGUGAACCAUCCCACCUGACAAUCAUUUAAAUUGCUUGUUUAUUUACUCUGAAAUGCAGAAGAUGUGUUUGUGUAUAUUUGGUUUUCUUUCUGUCUACAAAAAACAGAUGAUCUGAUUAAGUAUAUGUGGUUCAAUAUUGUAAUUGUUACAACGGCUAACUCACAACACAAUGGUCCAUGGUUCAAAUCGCUGUCUUGUUAUUGUCCAUGUGGGUCAAUUGUAUGUUUUAAGUUUACUCCAGUUGCAUCUCACAUCCAUGUUCGUUAACCUCCUAUAACUUAAUUUUUUUCCCAUUGUAAAUACAUUUGGAUGUGAUCAUGCCCCAAAAUGGAAUGGUGGCUCCUGUGAUCCUUUUUUGAGAAAAGUGAGUUCACACAGUCACUGAAUAGGUGAUUUGGCUCAGAGGUCUGAAAUACAUUAUACCUUGGUCUGCCUAUCAUACUUAGGGUUCUGUACAAGUGGGCAUAUCCAUGAUGAAUGAGGCAGAAGGAGGCAUUCGUAUUAAAUGAUAAAACAAGUCAGCAAGGACUACUGGUUAGUUAGUCAAUUUGAAUCAUCAUUCUCAUAUGUGUUAAAUUGCUCAAAGUGUUACCUUAGUUUAAAAUAACUACAGGGCAAGCUUAGAACACUCUUGGUCCACCAAGCCACAGUUUUGAAAAAAGAAACAGAGUAAGUUUUAUAAAUUCUCAUAGUUUCAGUAUGAUAUUAAUUUAAAGACCUUUGUUCAUAACAUCCAUCCAUUAUCCAACCUGCUAUAUUCUAACUACAGGGUCACGGGCGUCUGCUGGAGCCAA